AUGGGAUGCACAGCGUCCACCACGCGCCACGCCAAGAAAGCGGGGCAGGCCUCCCACCUCUCGACCAAGACGGCGCAGGGCUCGCCCGUGGCCGCGAACACGGUGCAGCUGCGGCGGGGCUGGGGCUCUCACGUGUUCGAGAUCUCAGGGUACAGCCAGCACCGCGACCGAGUCGGAGACCUUAACGCCGUAGCGUCGGCCGUGUUCGCCGUCGGAGGAUACGACUGGCAGAUUGUGUUCUGCCCCGUAGGGAUCCUGGAUCGUGUGAAAGACUAUGUGCAGGUGUUCCUACUUCUACGCAGCAAGGACAAGGACGCCAGGGUGAGGGCGUCCUUUCAGCUCAGCCUGGUGGACGUGGCCGGAUGCUCGCCGCCGCAUACCAUGACCGGGACACAGGGUUACGAUUCCGGCAGUAAGUUCUUCUCCGGCUUCCUCGAGUUCAUGGAGAGGAGCGAGCUGGAGGCGUCGCUUUACCUCCGCGACGACCGCCUCACCAUUGAGUGCGUCAUCACCAUUGCCGAGGACGCCAAGCCGUUUAAGGUGCCGCCGUCCGACAUCACGGAGCAUCUCGGGAAGCUGUUGCGCGGGAAAGAGGGCGCCGACGUGGUUUUCGAGGUCCAAGGGGAAGCUUUUCCUGCCCACAAGGUGGUGCUUGCGAUGCGGUCGCCGGUCUUCAAAGCGGAGCUGUAUGGCGCGAGGAGAGAAAAGAACACGAGCCAUAUUACCAUUGCUGACAUGCAGCCCGCUGUCUUCGAGGGCCUGCUCCAUUUUAUAUACACUGAUUCACUGCCCGCCAUGGAUGAUCUUAGCCAAGAUGACUACCAGGAGACUAUCAGGCAUUUGCUUGUCGCGGCGGAUCGGUAUGCCAUGGAGAGGCUCAAGAUUAUAUGUGAAAGCAUCCUCUGUGAAAACAUUGAUGCCAAGACCGUGGUGACUACAUUCGCUUGGGCUUAUCAGCAUCACUGUGACAGGUUGAAUGAUGCCUGCAUUCAGUUUAUUGCCUCUUUCAGUACAAUGGAAACCAUUGACAUGAUGGCAAGCCAAGGGUAUGCUGAGCUCAAAGCAAAAUGUCCUUUGGCUUUAGUUGAACUGUUGCAGAAGACAUCUAGGCUCGUCGAAUCAAAGUCUUCAGCUCAUUUUGGUGGUCUAGUCACAUAAAUAGUACACCUGCGCUUGUUACUAGGAGUACUUCUCUACUGUGUUUUUUGUUCGUCACAAAAUUCUAUCAUCAGGAUGUAAACAAACUACUGCGCC